GACAUUCGUCAAAAAGCUGAAUACUCGGCAUCUAUCGAACAACUCCUUUCCGGAGGAUCUUUGCUUGGUUUACAAUACUUUUCAAAGGAGGAAAAUCAUCGAGCAGCCGCUGCCUUUUUCACAUUUGAUCAAAAUCUGAUCGAUCUGACUUCACAGAUCGCUGGUGCAGAGAGCCUUUGAAGUAAAGCGGGUCGAUCGUCAUCAUACCUCUUCUGCAAUUACGAAGUUUGGGAAACGUUGUUUGAGGAAAGAGAAGACUUGGAGAGAAUGUCUGAUCAAAUAUCAAAAGGUCUAGAAUUUGAGAAGAAAGCUGAUAAAAAACUGAGUGGGUGGGGCCUCUUUGGAUCCAAGUACGAAGAUGCUGGUGAUUUAUUUGAAAAAGCCGCCAACUGUUACAAGCUUGCUAAAUCUUGGGAUCAAGCUGGAGCUGUAUAUGUGAAGUUGGCUCAGUGUUAUUUAAAGAGUGAAAGCAAACACGAGGCUGCUAAUGCUUAUGCUGAUGCAGGUCAUGCAUACAAGAAAACAAACAUCAAAGAGUGUGUAGCUUGCUUAGAGCAAGCAUUAAAUUUGUUCAUGGAAAUUGGGAGGCUUAGCAUGUCUGCAAGAUAUGCCAAGGAAAUUGCUGAGUCAUAUGAACAAGAGCAAAACUUGGAGCAAGCAAUCGCUUACUAUGACAAAGCAGCUGAUCUUUUUCAAGGUGAAGAAGUAACAACUUCUGCUAACCAAUGCAAACAGAAAAUUGCUCAGUUUUCAGCUCAACUAGAACAAUAUCAGAAAGCUAUAGAGAUUUAUGAGGGUAUAGCGCGACAAUCUCUUAAUAAUAACUUGCUAAAAUAUGGAGUGAGAGGGCAUCUACUUAAUGCUGGCAUUUGCCAACUCUGCAAAGGUGAUGUCAUCGCCAUCACAAAUGCUUUGGAUCGUUAUCAGGAACUGGACCCCACUUUUUCAUCUACACGUGAAUACAGAUUACUCGCCGAUUUAGCGGCUGCGCUAGACGAGGAAGAUGUUGAAAAAUUUACUGAUGCUGUGAAGGAAUUCGACAGCAUGACAAAGCUGGAUGAGUGGAAGACGACGCUUCUAUUGAGAGUAAAGCUGUUGAUCAAGGCCAAGGAGGAUGAGGAAGACGAUCUUACUUAAGAGUUGGUUUUGUACGACAUAAACAUAAUACGCAAGAUUUUUAUUGUAUUUGUGGUAUUGAUUGUUAUUAUCUUUGUGUUCUUAUUUAUGUGUGGAUUUUUUCAGAUAUUUGGGGUUUGUUUGGGCAAAUAUGUAAUCUCAUUAUUAGGACUACAUCUGCAUAGUAUUAAGGUUUUGGUUUAUGAA